AUGGCGUUGGCUGUGCUGCGCAUGAUGCCACCCACCCUCACGUGCUUCCUGCGUGCAAUGUCUCUGCGGCUCCAGCGUGGUGCAAUCGACCCUGCGACCGCUGGCGGGUCGCCGAUGCAUUCCACCUCCUCGCUCCGGCGCCAGCGGGACCUCCUAAGAGCCUCCCUAUGGAGCACGCUCCAGGCCACUGACGACGGGCUCCUCGAUGACACGCUUGGUGUUCUCGAGGCGGAGUGUGCUCCGUCCGGCGGCGGCGCGGGUGGCGAGCGGGCGGCGGCAGCGAUGCGUCUCUUUGCGGUGCUCGCUGCUCACUCGCUACACCCGAACCAGCUACGCCGGCUGCUCGCGCUGCACACGGCGACUGGCGAGGGCGCCCUGCUGCACGCCCUGACUCAGGCCAUCUCCCGCACAGCCAGUGAGCCGCUCGGCACGCCGCGCCGGUUCUUUGCCUUCAACGGCGUGCACCCGCCGGCUCCGCAGCCGCCGCUGCAGGGCGAGUGCUUUGGCCGCGACGCCUUUGUAAUCUGGUUCUGGCUGCGGCUCGACAGCGUGUGCUCCUUCCUCGCCACCGCCGGCCACGGCGUCGAGGUGUCGUUGCGAGGAGGCUUGCUCACGGUCGUCGCGAUGAGCCCUAAGGGCGGGGCGGCGUCGGCGCAGGUGCCUGCGCCUCUGUCGGCCGGCGAGUGGCACUGGGCGCUGCGGCAGCGGUUCGUCUUCCCCGCUCCGACCAAGGACCUCCGCCACUGGAGCGUCGGGGGGCCGCUCCCUCCCGGGGUGACGGCGCACGAGUCGACCUGCGCCCCGCUGUCUGGCGCUCAGCUCGCCGAGCUGCUGCUGCUGCCCGCCGCCGCAGCUGGGUCUGCGGCGGUGAGCGGCGCCUGCGCGGCGCUCUCCGCGUCGCGCGCCCGCUCGCUCGAGGAGGCGUCGGCGACGGCGGCGGGCGCGCUGCGCCUCUUCCGGCUGUGCGUGUGCGGCAGCGAGUGCGAGGCGAGGCAGGCUAGCGACGAGGGGCCGGUCGGCGAGGAGAACGGUAAGGGGAUUCUGCUGUAA